AUGCAAUUUAAGAAAGGCGAUCUCAAGAAGUGUCCAAUGAGAACAGCCGGAGAUGUUGUUAAACGUGUUUUAUGGGAUGAAAAAAUUCCUCAGAAAUGUAUAACAAUUGGAUAUUUGGAUAGGUUUAAAGGGAUUCUAGAAAAGCCUUUCGAUGAUUUUUCGUGGGAACCACUAGAUAGUUUAGAUUAUUUCACUUUUGGUGUACCUGAACACCGCAUUCAGUACUUUAAAUACAAGGAUAUAGUUGUAUGGGAUAAACGUUUCAGAAUAGAUAGGGUUUUUGGUAGUAGCCGUUCAACUAAGACAAUACGAGAUGUAAUAGAAAACUAUGAAAAGUAUUGUAAGACUUCUCGAGACAUUCCUGAUGUUCAGCUCAGCAAUUCAGUUGAUGUUUUUUUGAACUGGAAUACAAAGGCUGCAAAAGACACCUGCGCAUCGGAAAGUCAAACAGAAGUGUCGUUAAAAGAGACGACCAAGCAAAGAAUAAAAAAUAAACCGAAUUUCUUCAUUUGUCGGAAAAUCGAAUCUCCUGAUUUCGUAGAAAAAGCGUUAAAAGUUCAGUCAAAAAUCUGUGACACUCAACCGUACUAUAAAGAUUGUUGUAUUGACUCGAAACUAUUUCAUCUUACACUGUCAACAUUACGACUGGAAGGUAGUUUGCAAAUAUCUGAGUGCAUGGAAGCCCUCAGAAAGGCGGAAACAAAGCUUUGUAGAUUUGUUCCAACAAAUCAGUUAACAGUAAAAGGUGUGGGUAACUUCCACGGCCGAGUUUUAUAUGCAGCAGUUGAGUCCAAUGAAAAUUUGAAUUUGUUUGUCGAUCAGUUAAAUCAGAUUCUACAUGUGGCCGGAUUCCAUACAAAUGAUCAGAAAAAGUUUAAACCUCAUAUCUCUCUGAUGAAGAUGAAUCGUUCAGUAUCAAAAAAAGUUGGUACGAAAAAAAUCGACCCCAAUCUGUGUGGUGAAUUUCUAGAUACGGAGUUUGGAGUAUUCACUCUAGAUUCAAUUUACCUGUGUGCAAUAGGAAGACACUAUGAUGAUGAUGGUGGUUUCUAUCGUACUAUCGGAAAUUUACACCUUGUAAACCCGAUUUCUAAAUAAGGUGAUUUUUGUAAACUUACUGUAUAUUUCUCGUGAUAUUUUAAUAACUUUUUCCUCGAGUCAACCAAAUAUUAGUGUUGUCCAUUAUUUUAUUUCUCAAAAUCUUGAUUUUAGUAGCUAUACAAGGUAUACGGUUAAAUAUUUUUCUGGUCGCAGUUUACUCACAUGGUUGCAUUAUCAGUUUUAAUAAUCACUGUUUUAGGGGUGGACAGUUUCGUCUACGAACAGUAGCAAAAUAUUGCCUACUUGCACGUCCAAAGAAACUUUAAAACUCAUAUUGCUUGUCAGCAGCCCUCUUCAUCUUUUGAGUUCCUCUUACAUUUAUUGUUUUCAUGUCGAUAUUGUGAAUAUGACUGCUAUUACAACCAUUUAAUUUAUAACUAACUAAAAACUCAGGCUUGUGAAAUACCAUCCUUGGUCUUCCACAAUCAGGUUGUACAUUACUGCUUUUUAUAUUCUGAUUCUAUACUCCAUUGAUUAGUCGAGCUUUAUAUUCCAAACCUCUUUAUCACAGAAUUCAGCCUUGCCAAAACAAUGGAAGGUGUGAUAUAAGCCAACUCAGUGCCUAGCUAUUAUAUUUAAACACGGGACUAAAGCAUGAGCCCCUAAAAUACAAGGAAUACUACAAUGAGUGGCAGUCAAUAACCAUAUAUUCUGUUUAUUUGGGCGGGUUUGUGAAGACAUAAAGCGGAGGUAUUCGCAAAUUAUCCUAUGCGGCUACCUACCACAGUCCGGAUGAUAAAAUAUCGACUUUAUCGAAAAGUGAAGGUUCUAUUUACUUGCGGUAUCAUGAGCUUGCCUGGAGGUGACUUUUAACUCAAUUCGUGGGAUUACUUUAGACUCAAAAUAGUGUUCAGGGGCUGCUGUUAACUUAGUUUUGCUACAAACACGACCCUUAGGAUAACUCCCUAAAUCCGGAUUUUUAGGGCUUUUUUUAAUGAAUAUAUUGCUUGUGCAAAAUAUACUUACUGAACAAAGUUGGUGAAAUAUAAACCUAUUUCAGUUUUCUACGUAAAAAUACUGAACUACAUAAUGAAGUAAAAAUGACUUCAGUAAGUUCCUACCCAAGGUAUACAAUAAUGUUUUGAUACUCCGUAUAUAUCAUUAAACGCGCACUAGGUAGCGACUCACUAUAACUUCCUAUUUUUAGCAUAAACGUUAAA